AUGUUCCUGGUUCGCGCAGGAUCGUUGAACCGAGGGACGUUGUCCGAACGUGACGAGACGAAGGGGUGCGUUGGGAGCUUUCCAAUUGAGACAGGAAUUGAAUUGGGCGAGUCGGUCGGAAAUUGGAGACCUGGUGGUUGGAGAAUCGAACGGGGCAAUGUCUGGGGGCGAAUCCAGUCGGGGCCAAGCGCAGAUGCGGACGGUGGCGAACACGAAAGGGGCACAACGCUAAAUGAAGCGAACCAAGAGGAAGUGAGCACCCACGGUACUCGACAACGAGUACGAGCCGCACUGGUUGGAGGAGCAGGGGAGGGGGAGGGUGUGGAAGGGGGUUGUGGAUGA